GAAAUGGGACAGGAGAAACUCUGGCUUCUACAUGUGACUCUUGCUGCUGUCCUCUGCCUGACAUAUCCUUCACUGUGUGCCGACCCAGUGGUGCGAGGAAGAGUCGGAGGGACUGCUGAGCUGGGCUGCAGUCUGCCGUCUUUAACGGAUGAGGUCACAACCCCAAAUCAGCUCCCCCUGCACGUGGUAGAGUGGGUUCGGCUAGGCUACAAUGUCCCCAUUCUCAUCAAAUUCGGAGGCUACACGCCACGCGUACAUCCAGACUAUAAAGGCCGUGUAUUUCUAAUACGAGGAGCAUCCUUAGUGGUGGAUGGCUUGACUCUGGAGGACGAAGGCUGGUUUGAGUGUCGGAUACUCCUGCUGGAUAGAACCACUGAUGAGUUCAGGAACGGCACAUGGACGUUCCUCUCUAUCACAGCUCCUCCGGUGUUUAUAAAAAUGCCUCCUGCCUUUGUGGAGGUCUUGUUGGGCGAGUCUCUCACCCUCAGCUGUGUUGCACAUGGCAAUCCUAAACCCAGUAUCACCUGGACAAAAGACGACAAUACCGUGGAGGAACAAGACAAGAUCCAGGUGAUCAAUGGAACGUUGUCUUUGGUCAAGGUUACCAGGGAAACUGCAGGAAUGUACAAGUGUCAUGUGUCCAACUCAGGAGGAAACCUGACCCACGUUACCCAGCUACAGGUUAAAGGCCCACCAGUUAUCAUUAAUCCCCCCAAGAACAGCACCUUCAACAUGUCCCAGGAUGCAACUCUGCAGUGCCAUGCUGACGCAUACCCAUCUAAUCUCACAUACGAGUGGCGGAAAGAAGAACAAAAUGUCUACCAUGUGGAAUCUCUAAAGUCUAGAGUUAAGAUCUUGGUGGAUGGUACCCUCCUUAUUACUGAUCUUAUCCCAGAAGACUCAGGAAACUACACCUGCAUACCCACCAAUGGCUUACUUACUCCACCCUCUGCUUCUGCGUACCUUAAAGUGAAACAUCCUGCCCGAGUGGUGCGGAUGCCCAGGGAGACCUACCUCCCAACAGGAAUGGGGGGAACAAUCGUGUGCCCAGUUCAGGCUGAGCCUCCUAUGCUGUUUGUCAACUGGACCAAAGAUGGAAAGUUACUGGACCUACGACAGUACCCUGGCUGGACGGUCAACUCGGGGGGCUCAGUGUUCAUAUCCACAGUCAAUGACAAUGCAGUAGGCAUGUACACCUGCACUGCAUAUAACAGCUAUGGAACGAUGGGUCAGUCAGAACCCACCAAAGUUAUCCUGAAGGAUCCGCCUUCUUUUCGGGUCGCCCCCAGAUCUGAGUAUCUUCAAGAAGUGGGUAGAGAACUGAUGAUUCCCUGCCAAGCACAGGGGGACCCAUCUCCCAAUAUCACCUGGACCAAGAUUGGGUCUAAGCCUCACUCUCUGUAUAACGUCUUGUCCAAUGGUUCACUGGUCCUGCAACCUCUCAGCAAAGACCAUCAAGGGGCAUGGAAAUGUCAUGCCACCAACAGUGUAGCCACCGUCAGUAAAGGCACCAUAGUUCUAGUGUUGGGCACAAGCCCCCACGCUGCCACUGCAGUUUUUGUAGAUCCAGGGAUAAACCAUGCCAAUGUGUCCUGGAAGCCUGGUUUUGAUGGAGGAUAUACCCAGACGUUUACUGUCUGGGUAAAGUCCACCACUAAAGGAAAACAUGAGUGGGCAUCUAUUCCAGUGCCAUCAUCUAAAUCCAGCCUCCUCGUACCGGGACUGCAGGCCACCACCAGUUACCAGUUCAGUGUUCUUCCUCAAAACAAACUGGGCUCUGGCCCAUUCAGUGAGAUUGUCACUAUGAGGACACUGGCCCUUCCAACCGAUCCACCCACCGAAAAUACCAAUUUAGCAACACCAGCGGCUCCUACAUUACUGUCAGUCAAUUACACGGCCGCUGGAGUGCUGCUGCAGUGGCUGCCACCACCUGCUGAGUCUCCACCGAUCACAGCGUUCAUGCUGCAGGCGAAGCAAGAGAAGGAAGACUGGAUAACACUUAAUGAGGCUAUCGAUGUCAAUGUCACAAGUAUAAUCGUCCUCGGAUUAACGAGAGAUUCCAGCUAUGAACUGCGACUGCUGUCUCAGAGAGACGGACUGGUCAGCGAGCCCAGUGAGUCAGUCAAUGUCUCCACUAUAGGUAUGGUGAUGUACCCGGCCCCUGCCAGUUUGCUGACUUUCGUUUCUGAACCCCUGACGGCUGGUGUGAUUGCGGGUGUGUGUUUCCUGUUCGUGGCCAUCAUUCUUUCUGUGGUGGCGGCGUACGUUAUGAACCACAGGAGGGAGCAGCGCCGCAGGAAGAGACGAGACGAUAUCCAGUCCGCCUUCCAAAAGCCACAAUCUCCACAAGCAUUUUUACCCAACAACAGCCCUGACAGCUUACUGAAGAUGAAGCUCUGCCCUCCGCUUAACUUUUUUCCCAACUCCUCUUCCUCUGAUCGCUCGGACCGAUCGUCCUUCGACAGAGGCAGCCGCAGCGAGUACCAAGACCAGAAGAAGCAGCUUCUCUCCUCAUCUCCGCCCCUGCCUUGUUACACGGUUUUUGAGAGCCACCUUGGCAGCUCCCAAUCUCCAACGUCUGCUAUCGAUUCCAUCUCCAGAGGCCCUGAUGGUCGCUUUAAUGCCCAGCCAUAUUCAGAAGGUUGUAUACCAACAUGCAUUACAAAAAAUCAGGAUAAAGGGAGCAACAGUGGCUCCUUUAGAGACUCCCCCAAAUCCUGCUCAGAUAUGUCAGAGAAGGAAGUUAUACAAGAGCCAUCUACAGGAUUGACAGUAAACUCAGUAGACUUUGAGAGACCAGCUCAAUCAAACAGAGUCAAGUCAAUGAGUAGCACCUUAUCUCAGCAUGGCUGCUUUUAUUCAGAUAAGGAUCAAAGCUGCUCAGAGAAUCUAAAAAAGGCCAGUUUUCAUUCUGAUCGCCAAGACAACGGGACUUGCAGCCAACUGACCGAACCAAGCACUAUGGUUUCUCAGCUGGAACAUGAACAAGGCCUUAUGAAGGAGAGCGAGGGGAGCUACACUAUUACUCAAACGGCACAGGAGUGUGAGAAUACACAAGAGCGAGCUAAGUCAGCAAGCCCUGUGAGAAGUUGGUCAGGGGCUGAGUUGGAGGACCCAGUCUGGAAACCUCAGGACAUCCAGCUCCGCCAAAAAAACAAAAGACCUAGCAGUCUGGCCCAUCGACGGGGUUGUUAUUUCGGCAAUACCAGCAGUCCUAUGGACAGGCAGCUCAGCUCCUCGUCUUCUCAUGUUCAGUGGGACAUUAGCCCCGUAAUAUCUCCUACAAGUCAGGUGCCUUUUCUGGGACUGUCUGAUGGAAGUACACCACGCUGCCUGCAACCAGACACAACUCAGGAAGAUCUAAUCAGUGUAGAAGCAGCAGAAGAUUUAAAAUCAUCAGUCACACAAUACACCUCCGUCUCGAUUCUUUCCCACAGCAGGGACGUUAGCGCUCUCUAUGGCUCAGACCUCAAUAAGACACAGGCCAAAUGCCCAGAGAGACCCAAAGACAGGGAGCAGGAGUCGUUUGCAUCAAGUACAGGGGCUGAUAAAUAUUUGAGGCAGGACACAAAAACUGGAACACAACCAAAUGAUUCUACAUCCAUCUGUCCUGCUCCCUGUACUCCUCAAGCUUCAGAGAUGGCAUCUGAGAAAAUACAACACUAUGGUGAAGAAAGAGAACAAGAAACAAGCCCCAAACUCGACACUUAUACAAGCCACAGUAUCUCCGGUUGCCCCACAAUCCUUUAUAACCAGAAGAGAGAACGUGAGAGAAAAACUGAUGAGCCGAGCUCCUCGUUUCUGCACCCUGAGGAAGAGAAGGAAUGUGUCAGGUCACGCUCUCGCAAAAGCGACAAAUGUGCUCUUAGCUCUAGUCCCACUCGCAUUUCUCCGUUGACCCUUCUUGAAAAUGAAAGUGAGAGUAAUAAGUCUGAUUCCUCCAUGAUCAGACUGUCAGAAUCCUUAAAAGCAAAGUUUGUACCCCAACCUGCCAGGAUAUCGUCUCUGCAAACCAGUACCAUCCUGGAGUACUUAAGCCUGCCAGGCUUUGUUGAGAUGAGUGUAGAUGAACCUACGGAGGAGUCUCAAAAGGAACAGGAGUCAAGUUCGCCUGGCACAGAACCAGAAAAUAAGACUUUGUUAAGAGGUGAACCUGAUGUGGUUCCUAAGAACUGGGAGACUCACGGUCAGGAACGCUCAGGAGUAAUGCCAAGUAUUCCUGUAGUACAGAACCCUAUAGACGAGAGUCAGAUCCGCGUCGACAGGCCACAGUGUUCCCGGAGUCUUCAGGGUGCCCACUGUCAUAUCGAGAGGCACUCAGGUCGGUCCAGCACAAUUCCUCCCCCUGGGGAGAUUCAGCGAGAGUUUCAUGGAAUGGUGGGUAUCGGCAAAGCCAGCAGAGACAUUAAGAGUGCAGGAGAUGAUGGCCGAGCCAGUUAUGCAAGCCAGAGCAGCGGUAGAGGGAGUGUGGGGCCGUAUGGACAUGGGCACCUGCGCCAGUCUCUUUCCAUCACUCCCACCUUAAUAAGCUCUCCUGAGACCACAGAGGAGACUGAGCGGCACAGGAGAGAGUCCGGCCUCCGAGAGAAGAGGUUAAAGAGGUGA